AUGACUAGGUUGUCUGCAGUAAACACGUCAAGUAAUUACAGCACAGUACACCACAACACAGUACAGCACAGUACAGUACACCACAACACAUUGCAGUACAGCACAGUACACCACAACACAGUGCAGUACAGUACACCACAACACAUUGCAGUACAGCACAGUACACCACAACACAGUGCAGUAAAGCACAGUACAUCACAACACAGUGUAGUAAAGCACAGUACACCAAAACACAGUGCAGUACAGUACAUCACAACACAGUGUAGUACAGCACAGUACAUCACAACACAGCGCAGUAAAGCACAGUACACCAAAACACAGUGCAGUACAGCACAGUACACCAAAACACAGUGCAGCACAGCACAGUACAUCACAACACAGUGCAGUACAGCACAGUACACCAAAACACAGUGCAGUACAGCACAGUACAUCACAACACAGUGCAAUACAGCACAGUACAUCACAACACAGUGCAGUACAGCACAGUACACCGAAACACAGUGCAGCACAGCACAGUACAUCACAACACAGUGCAGUACAGCACAGUACAUCACAACACAGUGCAAUACAGCACAGUACAUCACAACACAGUGCAGUACAGCACAGUACACCGAAACACAGUGCAGCACAGCACAGUACAUCACAACACAGUGCAGUACAGCACAGUACAUCACAACACAGUGCAGUACAGCACAGUACAUUACAACACAGUGCAGCACAGCACAGUACAUCACAACAUAG